AUUUGCUACGUCAGAUUUGGGUGUUUUAGCGCUGGGCACUUGAUCCAUGGGGGAUUACUUUUGUUAUUUUUUUCAAACAAAAUCUAUUUUUGCUAAUUUUUAAUUAAAAACAUAUAAAUAAAAAUUCCGUCUUGGCAGCCUCGCGUGGGGUGUUCAUCAGCAGAGCUGCGGAAGCAAGAUCGAUGCUUUGACCCCGUCCAUGUGGGGAUUCGCGUGAGUUCAUCGUCUUGCUUGCUCGAAAUUACCACUAAUCCACGCAUCCAGCGGCAACUAGUUCGUAGUUUGGCGGUGGGGUGGGGGGAGCUUUGCUUGCUCCGAGUGAGAUCCAAUUCUGUUCUUGAGGCCUCCCCCUCAUCAAGAAGGAAAAGGGGGCAUUUUGCAUGCCCAUCUCCCCACCUCUCGCUCCGUCCUCGCUUGCUCCCGCGGCGUCGCGCACUCGCCGGGGCCGUCCGGCGCGGCGGCACUUCCCUGCUGAAAGGAAAACUGCCAUGGCCAACAAGGGUUUUGACCUGAGCUGUUCUUUGACAAAAGAGGAGGACAGUGACCCAAAAUUAUCGCCAUUUCUCUGCAAACUUUUUAAAGAGUGGGACGACCGCAAGGCAAGGGGCUUGUUUCACCAUGACAUCAGUUCUUGUGAAACUAAGAUACUACAUGGUGAACACAAUUUUGUGGCGACAUUAAUAGAAGGCCGUGACCAGAAGAAGCGACCUACGCAAUUUGGAAUGAACCAAGUGAUCCAACCUUUCGAUGGUGCAAAAUUCAAUUUCACGAAAGUUAGCCUAGAGGAAGUGAUCUUCACAUUGGAAGAAGCUCAAGAUGACUCUGAAAAGUACUUUGGCAAUGUUCCUCAUGCUCUUGCAGCUUCUCCUAGUGCCAUUCUGAUCAAUGUGAGUCCAAUUGGGUACUGCCAUGUGCUUUUGAUCCCUCGGGUCCAGGAUUGCUUACCGCAGAGGGUUGAUAAAGAGAGCUUCCUACUUGCCAUGUAUGUUGCAAGGGAAGCAAGGAAUCCCUUUUUCAGAGUUGGUUACAACAGUCUGGGUGGCUUUGCAACUAUCAAUCACCUCCACUUCCAGGCAUACUAUCUGAAAGUGCAAUAUCCAGUCGAAAAGACACCGAUAGAGAAACUCGCGACUCUGGAGAAUGAUGUUAGUAUUUUUCAGUUGGUCCAGUACCCAGUUAGUGGUUUUGCAUUUGAAGGAGGAUCAUGCCUGGAGGAUUUGUCAGAUGUGGUUUCAAGAGUCAGCAUUUUCAUGCAAGACAAUAACAGGCCUUUCAAUGUCCUCAUAUCUGAAUCUGCCAAGAGAGUUUUCCUGCUACCACAGUGUUACGCUGAGAAGCAGGCCCUCGGGAAAGCGAGCCCACAGUUCCUAGACAUGAGAAUAAAUCCAGCUGUCUGGGAACUCAGUGGCCAUUUGGUUCUGAAGAGGAAAGAGGACUACGAUGAAGCAUCUGAAGCAACCAUGAGCAGAUUUUUGGUUGAAGCAUCUCUGUCUGAAUCAGAAUUCCAAGAAUUGAAGAGCUGCAUCUUGGAGUUCCUGUCCACUGCAGCUCCUGAAGAAUAAAGGAGGCCAAACAGCUUUGAGAUACCGAUUUAUAAAUUUUAGGUGCAAUAAAAAAGUUGGCCCGGAUAUGUUCUUCAGGGUUCAGACAAAUAUACAAUAUUAAAACGUAACCCCGACGAUAAAUUUCUUGUAGCACCUUUCAAAAGAAAAAUCAUGUAGUGUUAGAUCAUCUGACUAAUGCUCUCCAGUCUUGAGAGCCGAGCUAUUCUAGUUCAUUCAGAUAGACGAAUAUCUCUUGUGAUUAUUUAAUCAAUCUUAUUCUGAUUCAAACCAGA